UUUCAUUUUUCAGUUUUUUUUUUUGAAUUUCAUCAUUCAUACGAGAAAAAAAACGUGAACAGGAAAAUGUUUGUGCAUGUUGCUGUUAUAUUAUUUAUAAUGAUUCGACCUUCAAUGGAACACGAUUGCCCAGAUCCACCUACAGAUUGCUCCAGAAAUAUGAUUAAAUUUUUUCUAUACACAAACGUAGAAAAACCACCAAAAGAAUUGAUUUUGAGCGAACCAAAAACAAUCAAAGACGCCAAAUUCAACAAAGGAGAUUUUAAAUUCAUGAUCCACGGUUUCACGCAAUGGAAAAAUAGUUUAAGAUGGCUAGUUCUACGCGAAGAAUAUUUCAAACAAAAGGACAAAAAUUGGAACAUAAUUUUCGUGGAUUACUCGCCAGUAGCGAGAGAAGGCUGUUACUGGAAAAGUGCUGUUCCCAGUUUGCAAAAAGUAGGCGAAUGUGGAGCUGAUUUACUAAGGCUAAUAUUUAAGGAGAAAAAAGAUGUGAAACUCGAUCGGUUUCACUUCAUCGGAUUCAGUUUAGGAGCUCAAGUCUGCGCUCAAAUUGCUAACAGCUUUAGACCUGACAAGAUGAAAAUUUCACGCAUAACGGGUUGUGACCCUGCAUUGCCAGGAUUUUCUCUACCAAUCAGAGAUUCAGACAGCUUACUCAACAAAAAACAUGCUGACUUUGUCGACGUUAUUCACACAAAUAAAGGAGGUUGUGGAGUGUUAUACUCGUCUGCACAUUACGAUAUAUACGCUGAGAAUGGCUUCUGUCAACCGGGAUGUGAUUUUCAUGAUCCUUCCUGCUCUCAUAAUAGAGCUUUAAGGAUUUUUGCCGAAUCAGUCAAUUCAAAAACGAAAUUUUUGGCUAAAAAGUGUGAUUCAAAAGUUUCCUUGCUUUCUAUAAGCCGGUGCACUGGUGGUCAUAAAGCUACUUUGGAAGUUGGAGAGCACUGUCCACGACCUAAAUCCAAGGAGGAAGAAGGAUUGUAUCAUUUUUGCACGAAUGAUAAGCCGCCAUACGCUAAAGGACCAACAGAAUCGUAAUAAUUUUGAUGUAUUGAAGUGAAUAUUCCUGUCUUCGCAGUCUUAUUUAUUUCCAGCCAUCAACAAUUUUUUCAUGUACCUUGUACCUCCACCAACUAAUAUUAGCAUCUACCUACCCAUCAAUGGAUCAUAACAUACCUACUCUUAAUGAGAAAAAAUUGAAUGUAAUGUAUUUGAUCAUCACAACUAAAAAUUCCAAAAGAUUAUUUUAAAUAAUUAAUUUGCGAUUCAUUCAACAUUUCAAACUUGAUUUGUUCAAGUAAGUAUAG